AUGAAUAGCACACCGACAGCUAGAUCGCUUCUGCAGAGCGGUUUCGCCUGGUGCGAGACGGUCAGCCUGCAGAAUGCUCGAGCACCAUUGCAUGCCCUGGGGGCGGCAGCAGCAACAGCACGAUACAGCACAAACACUAUCCAGUCUUCAGCUUCGAGCUACCCAGCAACCCCGAGGCAACAACGAUUACCGACGCACCACAGCUGCAACGCAGCAUCAAGAGACCGCAAUGCCACCACGAGCCGCUGGAUUCACAGCACACCUGCGCUCUCGAAGAAGUCGCGAGACAAGAACAACAGCCAGGUCGAGGAAACCAAGGGUGGCAGGGGUGGCAAGAACAAGCACGCCGCGCAAAGUUCGUCGUCCUCGUUAGGAGGUGCUGGAGAAGAGGACGACUCCAAAAGCGGAGGAGGAGGUGGCGGCGGCGGCGGCCCGGCAGCCAACCCGGAAGAUCCCUUGAACUUUGACGACGUCAAGGCGCGCUACGCAAAGCAGUCAGAGCACUUCAUCGAGAAGCUCAAGAAGUUCCGCGCGGGCGGGCGGUUCAACCCAGACAGCAUCGCCUCGCUGCCCGUGACGACGGACAAGGCGACGGGGGAGUCGUACCCGCUGCGCGAGCUGGGCCAGGUUGUCCCUAAAGGCGGACGGACGAUCAGUAUCAUCCUGCACGAGGCUGCGUACGUGAAGCCCGUGAUGUCGGCCAUCCAGUCGAGCGCGGACUUCAACCAGCAGCCCCAGCGGGAUCCGGACAACGAGCUCGAGCUGAUUCUCAAGAUUGAGGCUGAGAAGCCGGACGAGGUGGCCAAGCGCAUCAAGGCCCUGUGCCAUGACUGGCGUGGCAAGGUCAAGCUCAUUCGCCAAAAGAGGGACAAGCAGCACACCGCGUGGCGCAAGGAUGGUCUGAUGCUGGCUGAUGCUAAGAAGCAAGCGGACAAGGAGCUUGAGAAAGUCAUCAAGACCUUGAACGCCGAGAUUGAUGCCAAGGAGAAGGAAACUCUCAAGCUCGCCCAGGUAGCUUGA